AUGCUACCUCCAACCAGCAGCUUCAUCGGGAGUGGUGACUCGUCCUUGAGCUUGAUCGGCAUCGCGCGAGGAGCCACAACGGCAGUUCAGGGCGCCGAUUCAUUGGCCUCGGUCUCACAUCAUCGUCGCACCCAAAGCCUGUUCCCGUUACAUGAAUUGUCCAUAGGCAGUGGGUCAACGUCGAUCGAACAUACUUUAACCGCUACCCUCGCUCACCCACUUUGCUGUACCAGAUCUCCCAUCCUUGAAGGCGCCCACUGGCAUGAAUAUCUGCGCCGGCUCCACCUCGAGGAGCUUUGCAACCGUCGCGAAAAACGUCUCGGCGCGCGUACAAUUCCCCACCUUCCACUUCCCGCCCGCUACCACCCCUGGCGCACUAUCUUCAUCUUCAAUCCUGCCUUUUCCACGAAGGCCAUCCCACAAGCUCAAGCGUACACUCUCGAUCGACACCGCCCUUGCCUCGGCAAGUUUCAAUCGACGUCCACGAAAGUUCGUCAUCACUGCGGAUGAGAACGAUCAAGAAGCUGGGCUGCUCCCUCCAGGUCGACCAGGCUCACCAUUCGAGUUGCGUCGAGUUGAGACCCAUGGCAUGAGAUCUGAAGGCUUAAGCAACAAUCAGCAAGUCACGAGUUUUGUGGAUGCAGCAUCAAAUUCGACUUCGAUUUGGACUGCCCCGCCGGGAAUAACCGCGACCGUUCGAACACCAGCCCCGCCGCUAUCGCUUCGACUUCCGCAGGCUUCAUCGAACAACGACUCCUCGCGCUCGGACAUUCAAGAUCAAAGCACAGUGACUGUGACAUUCCCUGACCCCAUUUCAGGGCAACGUAACACCAGCAAACACCGUGUUCCAUCUCGAUCUGAGAACGUUCAGGCUUUCGAGCGUCGAGGGCUUUGCAGAUCGGCUCGCGCAUCAGUCAGCUCCUACGACGACCCAAGUGAUGGCAGCGAUUAUUCGACGGGUGGUCCGCGUCGUGCGUCGACCUCUCAACUUAGUUUUCGGAGUAAUUCAGCCUCUCGACAGGCGGUAUCGGUGGCAACCUCGACGAGUGAUAACGAGGACGACAACGAUCUUGCACCGCCCCUGUCGUCGAGGUUGAGUUACCCCGACGACGCGCGCAAGAUCACCGAAGCCGGGGCUGCGCUGCGCUUGCAAUCCUCGAGGGCGCAAGACAUGUCUGAAGAAAAAGGAAGGGUGUUGUUUGCCAAGACAUGGUUGAAAAGCUGCUACGAGCCGUUCAGAGGGUUCAAUGUCAGUCGCUCGGCGCUGUACGCCAGCUACGUCAACGCGUGUCAGCGCUUCAGUGUCUCGGCUCUCAAGUGAGCCUUCAAUUUGAAUGGUAUUAAGGCAAAUACUGAUUCCAGCUGUAUUUUCUAUCCUUUGCCAGCAUUUCCGCCUUCGGCAGGAUAAUCCGCGCCGUUCAUCCCAAGGUUCUCACUCGACGCUUGGGUGGUCGCGCUGAUUCGCGCUACCACUACAUCGACUUUCGUCCCUCCAACAGUCGGGAAUACAACACACUCUUUGCCAGUGAAUCACACAGGCAUACCGACAAUGCAGCCUCAGGUCCACCAACUCGACUCCCUUCACCUUUCAGGGCUGCAGACCCUGUGGCUGUUGUCGCUGAGCUUCCAGAGAUGAGAAUUGGUGAGGGGUCGACCUCAGUUGCUCAAAACGCUGUCGAGUUAGGGGAGGCAAUCCUCACGGUCAGGGAACUCGUCAAGUCUGCGGAGAAGGUCCAGCCGAGAUCUUUGACGCGUCGAAGGACAACAUCGGUGAAGCCGACCCGAGCCCCUGUCCCAUCGCGACGGCCGACUUGGGCCAGUGGAAGGCUCGUUGUACCCAAUAUCAAGCUAGAGGAGUGCCCAAUCACGCCCAUACUGGAUUCGUGUUUUUUUCGGUCUUUCGAGGGCGUGUUUGAUGUAGACAAGUACGAAGAUCAAAGUGAGGCGCGAGCGUUUUGGCAGAGCUUGGAGAUGCACUUUUCUCGCCUCGAGGAGGCGGUGCGACUGGAGAAAUACGAGUGAGCCACUUUCAAACUUGUCGAACUACUUUUUUACCAGCUGACGGGGUCUUUUGUGAAGCUUAUUUUUGGAUGAGCUGAAAGAAUGGUGGACCAAUCUCACUGCGGACGAGUGCGAGAUCGCUGUGACGCCGGCGGCAAGUCGGAGCAUCUAUCGUGCGUUUGUGGCAAUCUAUGAGGUGCGUGCACUGUCUAGUGAAGCUCCUGAAACUCGGGUUUGCUGAUGGGUAUGUCGGCGCACCAGUUGGUCUUGGACAGCUCGAGAAAAGCUUUGCUUGCUCUGGCACCACUCGCUCAGCUGGAGAGCCUCGGGAUCUUGGCGGCCAAGGUAAGAUAUGCUUCUUUUCCGCCGUCGUCGUUGAAAAAACAGCAACGAGGUUGAAUCUUCGCGCCCGUAGAUCGGACCUGCGACUGUGGAUGCGCUACAGGACUUUUCCGACACGUUCUUUUUCGAUACGCUCGUCGGGCUGAGCAAGCAGGUCGGACCACUCUGUGCACUCAGUCAAAGCUGUCGAGUCUGGGUGGGUCGUGAACCACUUGAGCGUUCGUUCCUACACCUUGAAACUUAUUCCCAACGCUUUGUCGCGCACACCAGGCGAACAAAUUGCAGAGCAGUCUGGGCGCGCAACAAGCUUGGGACGAGUUUGAGCAAGUCUGGCGCUCCGUCAACACUGUGCUUAUUCAGAACAGAUGCGAACUCAUCCAGGCCGUCGAUUCGACUCUCUUCCACACCUAUACGGCGCUUGUUGAGGUCUUGUUCGAGGUGUCUAUCUCUUCUCCCUCGAUCGAAUCCCGUCUGGGAAGGGUCAUCGAACAUGCCGCCCUGAGCUUUGAUGACUUGCUGCGGGGACAGAAGGAUAGCGCUUCGAUUCUUGCGGAGUACAACUUGAUCGGAUCGCAGAUCGCGAGAGAACUCUCUUUGAGGUGAGCUCGGAAAAUAUAUUGAUGAGACACCUAUUGAGCUCAACGCGUUGUUACCGCUGUCACAGUCAUCCCCGCGUUGCAGUUCACUUUCAAAGUCUGCACUUCCUCAUCGAAGAUUUACUCGUACUGCACGUGAGUGGCAGAUAUCUGACAAGUGACAGAUCAACUGGACGACCGCAAACUUUACGAAUGUGCAGGUACUUCAAGGACAAGUCUUGCAAACGGAGAGAAUCGUAUCUGCCCCAGUGGUCAAACCGGCCGUGGCCACCAGUCAGAUUGCCACGCUCGGUGCGAUCGAAUCAGAGCCCGAAGGGACGGGUCCACCGGUUGCCGACAAAAUGGCUGAGCCUGCUGAGGUCGUGGAAAAAAGUGAAGGGUUGCUUUUAGUGAGCUCGGAGCCGCUUCCAACAACAGCCUUGUCGGAACACCCUUCAUCGCCAGCUCGUGACUUGACCACGUUUGCCAGUCCGCCGAGGAUGAUCGAUUCUGGGCCGGAGGUCGUCACCUCGCUCCCAAUCCCAAGCAUCGUUCGUCAAUCCCCGGCGGCUUUAUUGAUCGACAAAUCCCACUCUAUCUCUUCCGCCCCCGUGUGGAUGCCCCCUCGUCGAGCCCCGCUGGUAGGCCAAGCCGUCCAACGCGCCAACCUGGCCCAAGAUCUCCUUGCACUCGAAUCACCACCCCCUUUCGUGCUUUCGUCGACGAUGCAGCAAAGUCUCGCCGAUCGACAACGUGAAGUCGGACCUGCUCGUUCAAAGUUGCCUGUAAGUGCGGGCCACGAAAUGUCGAGUGAGAGGCGGGGGCUGUGUCAGCCUCCUUCGGGGUUUGAGGUGGGACGGUUUGAUGAUGAAGGGGUCGGGUCGAGUACGGCGGCGGCGGCGGUCGGGGCGAAAGGAGGGGCUUUGUUGGAUCCGGCGGGUUUGACGGAUGAGGUGCCUAACACAGCAGCGUUUUAUGCUGGUUAUUGGCGUUGA